UAUAAAGCUUACAAGAACUGGUAACUUUCUCUGCUUAGCUGUUCUUGUCUAGCUGGGUUUUUGGGGGUUCAGCUUCUUUCUUUCUUUUCAUUAUUUUUGUUGGGGAAAAGGUUUGAAUUUGGUGUGUUACAGAUAAUGAUUAUUUAAGAUCCUGAGUUUCUUUAGUAGUUUUGGCUAAGGGGAUCUUUCUAUUAUUUACAAAUUCCGUGGUGAUUCUUUUGGGCGUUUGAGGUUUAAUUUCUGAAAGAUUAAUGUGAGCUACUGAGUGUGGAGAAAGAAGGGUAGCUUUUAAGUGUUUGUUAAAAUGUCUUGAGUGAAAUUGAUCUGUUUUUUUUUUUUUUGAGUAAUUAUCGGUCUUGGUAUUAAGAGAUGGAUCCAAAUUAGCUUCUUUCUUUCUGAGAAAAUUAGCAGUUUUUUUUUUUUUGGUUUGGUUUGGUUGUUGUACGUUAGUGGUUUUGGAGGCUUUAGCUAUUGUAGUUUCUUUUGUUGAGUUGUGUUCUGAGAGAAAGUAAUGGCUUGCAUGAAGCUGGGAUCCAAAUCUGAUGCUUUCCAGAGACAAGGCCAGGCUUGGUUUUGCACAACUGGACUUCCAAGUGAUAUUGUCGUUGAAGUUGGAGACAUGUCUUUCCAUCUCCACAAGUUUCCUCUGCUCUCUAGAAGUGGAGUCAUGGAAAGAAGCAUCGCAGAGGCAUCUCAACAAGGCGACGACGACGACAAAUGUCUCAUCAACAUUCCUGAUCUUCCCGGAGGAGACAAAACCUUCGAGCUCAUCGCCAAGUUCUGCUACGGCGUGAAGCUCGAACUCACCGCCUCCAACGUCGUAUACCUCAGAUGCGCAGCCGAGCAUCUCCAGAUGACGGAAGAGCACGGAGAAGGAAACCUAAUCUCUCAAACCGAGACUUUCUUCAACCGAGUCGUCCUCAGAAGCUGGAAAGACUCUAUCAAAGCGCUUCAAACCUGCAGCGAGGUCGGCUCCCACUACGCCGAGGAGCUGAACAUCACCAAGAAAUGCAUCGAGUCGCUAGCCGCGAGAGCGUCAUCGACAACGGACCCGAACUUGUUCGGAUGGCCGGUCGUGGAGCCUAUGCAGAGUCCAGGUGGCGGCGUGUUAUGGAACGGGAUAAGCACGGGAGCUAGAGUCAAUAAUAAACACACUAGCUCAGAUUGGUGGUACGAGGACGCGUCUACACUCACCUUCCCUCUCUUCAAGAGACUCAUCGUUGUCAUGGACUCUCGUAGCGUUAGAGAAGACAUCAUCGCCGGUUCUUUAACUUACUACACAAGAAAACACUUGCCUGGCUUAAAACGCCGACGCGGUAGUGGUGGUGGUGGUGGAGGACAUGAAGUCAGCGGUCGUUUCAGCACAACACCUAUGAGCUCGGGGAGCGUGCUCUCCGAAGAAGAGCAGAAACACUUGCUGGAAGAGAUCUUAGAGCUUCUUCCCGUGGAAAGAGGUCUAGUCCCCACCAAGUUCUUCGUGGACGUGCUCAGAGUCGCCAAGAUUCUGAAAGCUAGUCCGAGCUGCGUAGCGAACUUGGAGAAGAGGAUAGGGAUGCAGCUGGACCAGGCGGCUUUGGAGGAUCUCGUGAUGCCUAGCUUUUCUCACACGAUGGAGACUCUAUACGACGUUGACUCUGUGCAGAGGAUCUUGGACCACUUUCUUGGUACUGAUCAUCAUCAGAUCAUGCCCGUUGGUGGUGGCUCUCCUUGCUCUUCGGUGGAUGAUGAUGGGAACUUGAUAGGAUCACCACAGACGAUCACACCGAUGACAAAGGUCGCGAAGCUGAUCGAUGGGUAUCUUGCUGAAGUGGCUCCUGAUGUUAAUCUCAAGCUUCCAAAGUUUCAGGCUCUAGCUGCUUCUGUUCCUGAGUAUGCUAGGCUCUUAGAUGAUGGUCUCUAUCGCGCAAUAGACAUUUACUUAAAGCAUCAUCCGUGGUUAGCAGAAGGAGAAAGAGAGAAUCUGUGCAGGUUGUUAGAUUGCCAGAAGCUCUCUUUAGAAGCUUGCACACACGCGGCGCAGAACGAGAGGUUGCCACUAAGAGUAAUCGUACAAGUGCUCUUCUUUGAGCAGCUUCAGCUUAGAACCUCUGUCGCUGGAUGCUUCCUGGUUUCAGACAACUUAGAUGGGGGGUCAAGGCAGUUAAGAAGCGGCGGGUUUGCAGGAGGAGGAGGAUCAUCAACAGAAGGAGGAGGAUGGGCGACGGCAGUGAGAGAGAAUCAAGUGUUGAAAGUUGGGAUGGACAGUAUGAGGAUGAGGGUUUGCGAGCUGGAGAAAGAGUGUUCGAAUAUGAGACAGGAGAUUGAGAAACUGGGUGGUGGUAAGACGACGAGUAAGGUUGGUGGUGGUGGCAAGACGUGGGAGAAUGUUUCUAAGAGACUCGGGUUUGGUAUAAAGCUGAAGUCGCAUCAGAUGUGCAGUGCGCAAGAAGGGUCGGUGUCCAAGUCUAAUAGUGAGAAUGUGAAGAUAGAGAAGCUUAAGGAUGUGAAAGAACGUCGUGGGCAGCAUAAGAAAGCUUCCAGCAUUAUUAGUUCUGAAAGGUGAUGAACAAUGGUUAAAGUAAUUUUUCCCACGGUUUAGCUUUUUUUUAAGAAAAAAAAGGAGCUUCUAUUGUUGUUAACAAGGUGUGCAUUGUAGUCAAAGUGGUGCUUGGUCUCACGUGUUGUUUUCGAUUGUCUAUGUAUUGUUUUCUUUUAACGACCAAACUAUUUUCUUGUCAUUAUUAAUUUUUAAUUGGAACU